CGAUGACAAGCCAAGCCAAGGCGGCCUCUCAACCAAACAUUAGUGCCUCUUUCGAAAUCACUACUUUAUUAGUUGUCAAAAAAGAUUUAUAUUCUAAAUUCUAACACAAGUGUCUCAUGACAGCCUACUCACUUGUACACGCACAUAAAUCUAUAUAUAGAGCUCAAACAUACUAAAGCGACCCACAUCUAAAUCCCUUGCAUUUAUUUUCUCUCUCACUUCAGAUCUCAACAAAUGGGUCAAUUCAUCAAUCUUGUAAUAGCCGUGUGGUCGGUUUCUCUGUGUCUCAGCUUGGCAUCGGCACAACUCAGACAAAACUACUACGCCAAUGUAUGUCCAAACGUCGAAAAUGUCGAAAACAUCGUUAGAAAUGCCGUUAAACAAAAGUUUCAACAAACGUUUGUCACGGUCCCUGCUACUCUCCGUCUCUUCUUCCAUGAUUGCUUUGUCCAGGGAUGUGAUGCUUCAGUAAUAAUUUCAUCUUCCGGGAACAACAAAGCGGAAAAGGAUCACCCAGACAAUCUGUCGCUGGCCGGAGAUGGAUUCGACACGGUGAUCAAAGCUAAAGCAGCAGUUGACGCGAUCCCAAGUUGCAGGAACAAGGUCUCCUGUGCCGACAUUCUUGCCAUGGCUACCCGCGACGUCGUUGCACUGUCUGGUGGACCAUCGUACGCAGUAGAGUUGGGAAGAUUGGAUGGGCUGAGCUCCACAGCAGCAAGUGUAAAUGGGAAGCUGCCUCAGCCAGGUUUCAAUUUGAACCAGCUCAAUUCCAUGUUUGCUGCUCAUGGCCUCUCUCAAACAGACAUGAUUGCUCUAUCAGCUGCACACACCGUUGGAUUCUCUCACUGUAGCAGGUUUGCAAACCGGAUAUACAAUUUCAGCCGUCAGAACCCAGUGGACCCCACGCUCAGCAAACCAUAUGCAGCUCAAUUGCAAUCCAUGUGCCCAAGGAAUGUAGACCCCAGGAUAGCCAUCAACAUGGACCCAAACACCCCUAGAACCUUUGACAAUAUGUACUUCAAAAAUCUCCAGCAAGGCAAGGGCUUAUUCACCUCGGACCAAGUCCUCUUUACGGACCAAAGGUCCAAGCCCACUGUCAAUACUUGGGCCAACAACUCGCCUGCUUUCCAGAAAGCCUUUGUGGCGGCCAUGACCAAACUGGGUCGGGUCGGAGUCAAAACCGGAUCCAACGGGAACAUUCGCCGCGAUUGUGGAGCGUUUAAUUGAUUAAUAUAUAAAAUUAAAAAAAAUUGCAAAUUUUCAAAAUUUUAAGAUGAAUAUUAACCCAAAUUCAGGUUAAUGAUUUUGUUUGAGUGAAUUGAUAAGAGAGAAUUUUAUGUAUGAUUUUUAAGUUAGCUUUGACUAGACAAAUAUUUCGGGUGGGUUUGUGUAUGCACUAUAAAUGUAUUGGAUUGUCCUAUGAUAUUGUAAUAAUCCAAGACAUUCUAUGUUGUCUUGCAAUUUGAUUUGGAUUUCGGAAUAAAUAACUUCGAAAAUGAAGCCAUAUAAUUGUAUUUUUGUUUUAA